CAGCGGCGAGAUGAGAGGGAGCGCCUCAGUGAUACCAGCGAUUCUACCACGGGAACGACACAGCCAAUGACAAAGUGCAACAAACGACUGUACAUUAGACACGCAUUUCUUUUCAUUCGUUUGAACAAGAGAACGACAACUAAGAUAUCACCGUCAACUUACGCUGUGACGUCAUAUUCUAUAGUCUGCCGUUGGAAUUAAUAUUUAACAUUGCAUAUUUACGCAGUACUUAUGAUAAAACCAUGAGUGUACAUGAAGUUAAAGCUCUACUCUUGGUGUUGUGAUAUUCGGGGAUGCAAAGGAUGACUUACUAAAUCACUGUUCUAAAACAGAUCUAUUGAUUGACGCAAUCUUCAGUGGAUAAGAUGUGAAUACCAUGGCGAUUUUCAACACAACGUUAAACGUAAGUUUCCCGGACAACUCCAGCCUGACAAGGACAUCCUUCCUGAUACUGAACACGGUAUAUCCACCAUUUUUGAUCAUAUGCGGACUCAUCUGCAACAUUUUGGUCGUCUGCGUCAUGCGAACGAGGUUUUUUCAGAAACAGAACAUAUCCGUGUACAUGACAGCACUGGCUCUAAAUGACGCCAUUAGUUUGUGUAUUUCUAUGACGUCACAUUGGCUCUACGUUUCUUUUGAAGACGUUUAUGACAGAGAUAAGCUGACGGACAUAUGCAAAUUUCUUCAGUUCUAUGGAUGGGGAAAUUGCGAUUUCAGUAUCCUGGUGUCCACCACGAUGUCUGUAAACCGCGCCAUUGCUGUUUCACUUCCGCUCAAAACUAGAUGGAAGUACUCUAGCAGACGACCAAAGUUUGUCAUCCUUUUCCUUCUAUUUGUUGUGCUUGUGAAGAAUAUCCAUUUUGUAUUUUCAUCAAAAAUUGUGAAAAAGGAUUAUAUGCGAGAAAAACUUUGUGACGUGUUUCCGGAAUCGGAAAUUUACAAAGUAUUCUGGGAAAACGUAUGGCCAUGGCUUCAUGUGUGUUUCCUAUUUCUGUGCUUUGUCAUCAUCGCCGUCUCUAACACAAUCUUGAUACGUCAGCUGUACGCCUCGUCACAUCUAGAAAUCAGACGUCACCAGUGUUCAAAUCAUCGGCGGGAAAGCGUGGCAGUCGAUUCGGCGGAUUCCCGGUUACCGCUCAAACACAGAAACUCUUGUAUGUGCAGCGAAAGCAGCAGCAGUUCUGCGGAUCAGAGGAGGGGCUCUGUGCUACACAGCAGUGGGUUUGGGGGACACGGGAGCGCCGGGUCAGGGGAUUUAAGACAAUGGCAGACCAUAACCCCCAUGUUGAUCGGAGAGUCCGUACUUAUUCUUCUGCUCACCUUCCCGUUCAGUAUAAAGCUCGCAAUCGCUAGCGCCGACGCGGGGUAUUCUCACAUGCUUUUUUCCGUAUUUUUCUACAUGCUCUAUACGAACAAAUGUGCAACCUUUUUCGUGUACCUCGUCACAGGGUCUCGCUUUCGCAUUGGUUUGAAAAAGCUGUUCUUCCGGUGCUGUCACAGUCGGAGGGCGGUCAGACGGAAGCAGUUCAAGGAGACGUUAUUGUGGAUAAACACGCUGUCGGAGGGAAUCGUCCACAGACAUUGAGGCUAAUACGUUAUUUAUUUCUUUGUUUUUA